AUUGACUCAUUUGUACAUUUAUUACUACAACAGCUGAUUUAAGGUUGUGUGAGUUUUACUGUUUUUAGAAUACAAAAUCUGCAAAUUAAUGAUUUUCUCAUUCUACAAAUGUGAAUUUGUUAUCCAUUGACUGUGUAUUCUUGCCUGUAUUUAGUUAUGCAUUAGCCAGACUUGCCUGCUUGCUUACUUAUUAGGUAACAAUAGUCAACCAAAAAGUGUUUCAGUGCACAUACGGGCAUGUGAGUAACAAUGUGAACCUCUCCUUUAAGUGUUUUGGGAUUGGAGGAUUUGUGCGAUGUGAUAGGAGGUUCAGGAGGAGACAGGAUGAUUAGGAGGCGGGGUAACCUGAGAAAUACCUCUCCUCGACAACUUGCUACCAAGCUGUUGACAUGGUAAAACUCACCUAGUGGGCACAGGCGAACCAAUGGAGGAUCACAUGACCUCAUCAGACACGACGGGUACCGGAAGCAGUUCUGCUACCAUGGCAACAGACUCAAUAGGAACCGGCCCGGAGCAGAGUGCAGGUUCAACCCUCCAGUUUGACAGCUACCUGAGGAACAGGAUCAGAGAGUUGGAGAGGUCAGAGAGGAGCCUGCUGCUACAGCUCUACCAGCUAGCCUCUGCCUCUCACCUCCCCAGCAUGCAACACUCUCAGAGGCUGGACCAGAGGCUCCACAUGCUCAGGGAGGAGGUCAGGACCAUGACCCAGGACAAGGAGCGAGGAGAGCGGGUUUGGAGGGACCGACUGCAGCGCUGUCAGAGGCAGCUGAAGGCCAAAGAAGAGGAGAUGAGUCGCCAGUCCCAGUACUUCGAGAACUUUAAAACACAACUCCAGCACAAGCUCAGCCUGACCCGGGACAGAGAGCAGAGCCUGCAGAACAGGAUCUACACUUUAGAAAAGAAGCUACUGGACAUGACUGUGAGCGCCGCCACUGGCAUCGCAACAAUCAGUGCAGUCAGAAUUACUGCCGGGACUGUAACACACUGGGAAGAACAAGAGAGGCUGCCUCCCAUGAGAGGAGAGGGUGAAGGAGAGGAGGAGAGAAAGGAGGAGAGGAGGAGGCAGUGGCAGCCAAGUGUGGGAAAUGAGAGAGAGGAAGGGCGAGACGGUGAGAAAGAGACACAAGGGGGAAGAGUCAAAGACUCAAAUGAAGCCAGGCUGCAAGGCUUCAUCCUGAGCCUGCAGGAGGAUCUCAGGGUGCUGCUGGAAAGAGAGGAGGAUGGGGUGACAGAGCGGAGAGGACUGAUGGAGCAGCUCCAGGAGGCCCAGGAGAGCAGCCACUUCCUGGGAUGCAAGGUGGAGGAGAUGAAGGCAGUGGUGCACCAGCUGAAGCUGUCUGAAAGCUCCUUGACGGAGGAGGUUGAAGAGCUGAAAGAGGAGAACCACAGAUUCCAGCAGAUCCUCAGGGAUCCAGCCAGUCAGUCAUCCACGGUGCCUGAGUCCACAUGCCUAGGUCCUGGGUCCAACACUCUCUCAUAUACCACUGCCAUGGGACAUUCCUCAGGGGGGAGCUCUGGAGAGAUACAUCUUACGUCGGAUGAGGGAACAGGCCAGCCUCAUUCAUCUGCAGUUCAACCUGUUCACCACCAGGUGGCAGCAGAGAGCAUGCAGAACAACACAGAGGAUCCCUCCUCAUCUGCCAAAUCAGAAACUCCACCUAAAAUCUUUCGCCACCUCUGCUCCAGCACCAACCCCAGCCUCCAGUCAUUCUCCUCGACUACAGAGACACAAGAUGAAUUUAAACUGGGGACUUGGUGCUCCAGAGGGAUCCUAAAUCUGGAGGAAAGGCGCAGUGAGGAGUCUGAUGCCCUGAGGGAGGCCUACAGGAGCUUGGGGUUGGGGGAGGAUCUCGAAGCACUUCAAAAACAACGUGACCGCCUGGAGGUCGCCCUGGAGCACACACAGCAGCAGCUGCAGAUGAUGGCUCAAGAGAAUACUCAACUGAAAUUACAACUCAGGAAACAAGAAGCAGAGGCGGAGCAGGGAUCUUCAAGAGAAAAGAUUAGCACACCACCCACCAGGGAUGGAGCUGAAGAUAACACCAUUCUCGCCCUCGCCCAGGACGAUCUUGUCCAGGCCCUGAAUCAGGAGAACCGGGCCUUGGCGGAUCGUAUUCAGGAGCUUCUGGCUCACAUUGAGCUCAGAGAAGAGGAUAUCAAGAGGGAGCAAACACAGCUGAAGGAGCGUAUCUCCAAGCUGGAGGAGGACAGAAUCGGGCUGGCAUUGGAGAACCAGGAACAAGAGUGUUUGAUUACAGAACUCACCAAGAAGACCGAGGAUGAUCUCAAUACCAUCAUGGAGCUGCAGCAAAGAUUAGCGGAGAGUGAACAGCGUUUGGAGGAAUCACAGGUCGGCAAGGAACUGUGUGGAUCUCAAUUGCAAAGUGAACACACAGCUGCAAUAUCAGAACGUUUUCAACAGAACAACCUAGAAGAAUGUGUGGACAGUUUGGUGGAAAGCGUGCUAAAAGGGGAAGAACCACAGUUGGUGUCCAGUCAACAACAAGACGAUUUGAGUGCAGCUUCAACACCUGGUUCUCAACAUGAUAAUCAUGAUGAUCCGCUGCAGAACAGCCUGCAAAGCAGUCUGCAUGGUAGUUCACUGACUGAUCAAGUGUGCCAGCUGACCAAGUCGGUCCAGAGCCUCAAAACAGAAGAAGAGGAACUGUCAGGCUGCAUAUAUUCUCUCAGAGAGCAGCAGAGAGAAGUAGCUCUGUCAGUCCAAACACAGACAGAAGUGAAACAGCAGUUAACUCGGACAGUUUGGGGACUGAAGGAGGAGAAAGAUAGUGUCUCUCAAUCUCUGGCUAGUCUCAAACAAGAGAGAGAGCAGUUUACCAGGACAUUCUGUGGGCUGAAGGACGAGAGAGACCAGCUUAUAAGGUCUAUGAGUGGCCUGAAAGAGGAGAAAGAGUCUUUAUCUGGUCUCCAAAGAGAAAAAGAGAAACUGCUAGAAUUUCUUUCAAGUGCAAAAGAAGAGAGAGAUCAGAUCAUGCCUUCACUUCAAAGUUUACAGACAGAGAGUGAGCAGUUAAGCCAGGCGGUGCUCUGUUUGAAACAAGAGAGAGACGAACUAACCAAUUCCCUCAAGUGUCUGAAGGAGCAGAGAGACGUGGAACAAUCAUCUUACACUUCACAAGAAGACCGAGACAAGUUAAUGAAAUCAGUUAGCAGUCUGAGAGAAGAUAAAGAAAGAAUUGAACAUUCAAUCAGUUGUUUGAAACAGGAAGAAAAGCAGAUAAAGGUAUUACUUCAGGGCCUGAGAGAGGAAAGAAACAGCCUCCAAACUGCUCUGCCCAGCCAAACGCAAACAGAGGGGAGGAAUCAGAAGCAGCAUCUGCUGAAUCCAAACAGUGGCUUUACGACAAAGAAGACAGAGACCCUUGUUGGGACACAAAGAUGUCACACCUAUGACCACAGAGGAUACUCUCUACAGGAGCAAAGUGAUCUGAUGAGGGAGAUCGAAGCUUUGGGAUCAGAACUAAAGAGGUCACGAGACGAACUGGACAAGAGCCAUGCAGAUACCAAGAGGCUGCACAGUGAAUUGUGUCAAUCAGAAACCAGGAGGGAGGAGGCAGAGAGAAAGGCAGCCCGAGCAGCUGACAAGGUGGUGAGGUUGACAGAUGUAGCCAAUCAGAUGGAAGAAACCAGAAUGGAAAACGACAGCCUCAUAACCCAGGUGAACGAGCUGCAGAGCAAACUGACAGGCCUGAUGAGGGAAAAGACUGAUGCUCUGUCACUAAAGGCACAAAUAGAGGAGCAAUACAACAUCCUCACAGCUCAGCUCAAAGCUAAGACGGUGGCUCUGGAGGAGCUAAACUCGGAGUAUAUUGCUCUAAAACGAGGGCAUGGCAGCAAGGAUGAUCCGAGCGUCAUUCUUAUCUCCCUCAGGACACGUUACAACGACAUCAGAGCGAAGUAUGAUGCACUCCUGAAAAAGAUGAGCCAGCCGGAUCUGGAAACAGCUCCUUUAAAAGCCAAGCUGUCGUGCCUGGUGGUGAAGUGUCAGGAGAGGAACAGCUUGUUGGUUCAGAUGAUGAAGUCCAUGCACAGACACGGCUGUGUGGACUCCACACUCACGCAGCAGGUUGAUCAGCUGCUCAGUGACGCUGCUCUGCAGGACUACACUGCAGCGUUCACACUGGGGAGCAACGUGAAGACCAGAGAUUACAGCACUGGGUUUACACCAAGAUUUAUUUCUAAAUUCCAAGACUACACCAGUGGAUUCACACCGGAUCAGACCUGCUCUGAUAUAUCCCCACUUCUAAAUCAACAACACCAAAAUGGAUUCACACCUGAAUCUGGAGUAAAAUGUAGAGAACUAAUAAGUGAAAACCACACAUCUUUAGUCACCACUAAAUCCACAACAAACCAUCUAGACUGCCGUAGUGAAGUCACACUUGAACCAACAGGAACACUAAAGAAAGAUGCCAACUCACAUGUGCCAACCUCCCCAGUGCAAGAGCAUGCCAGUGUCCAAGCAACACCAUCACCUGUUGUUCCAGCAAUAAAAGAGAGCUUCAUCUCCAAUACAGCACAGCUCUCUCCCUCUGCCAGUGGACCAGAGAAAUUUGGAUUUCAUCACUCAGAUGUGAACGGGAAGUCCUCCACAGAGCCGACCAGAUCGACUGGAUCCUCACUGAGUCCGACUCCUAACUCAUCCAGCGCACAUGUCAGUCCGAGCAGGAGGCUGAGUAGUCCCGAGAAGAUCAUCAACCUACAUGAGCAACUGCAGAAGACUCUGAUGAGCAGCUAUCAGGCUCCAGUGAGCAGAGGAAGAGGACAGCAGCGCAGGAAAAGUCUUUCAUGUUCAGCUCCUGCAGACCUGAAACCAGCCUCCCAGACAAAGAAGCAGAGCCUCAGUUCCAACAUACCACACACCAACUCUCCCCCAGUCAGCGCUGCUGCCAGCCAAGCUAAGCACACUCCAGCAGUGACAAACACCACACUUUUUAAUGCAGUCGCCUCUCGAUCUGCUAAUGUUACAAUCAGUCCCAACAUGUUUACUAACCAUCACUUUAAAGCAGACGCAUCUAAAACUGCAACAUCUGCUCUUUCUAGUGGGAGGGGGACUAAUAUGACAACAUCCCCAAAACUGGCAAAGAAAAUCACUACUAUCCUCGACAAAUCUAAACACACAGCUUCUCCUCCUUUAACUCUGAAGACCACUACCUUUGACUCUGAUGUCUUAAUAUGUUCUAAUCCAAAAAACACUGCCUCAGACACAACUGCCCCUAGCGUAUCAACUGCCCUCGAGGCUAAUCAUUUUAACACGCCUUCUAAAACGGAUGGUGCUGCACCUACACAUUGUGGACUUGUAUUUGCGCCAUCCUACACUCCGCCUGCUCAUUGCUCUCCUGAGAGAUCCAACAAGUCUGCCAGAAAGGCCGCCGCCAAAACAGCAAGACCCAAACCAGAAGCUCCGGCCGAGGUUCGCUCUGUUGAGGUCAUCAAGACAGUGGGCCAGAGCAGCCUCAUGAUUGGCUGGGAGAGGCCGCCACUCGACGAGCUGGGCUGCAGUAACGGCACAUUUGUGUACGGAUACAGGGUGUUUGUAGAUGGGGACUUCCACAAAUCUGUCAUGAGCUCAGCGUGCACCAAGUGUAUUCUGGAGAACAUCGACCUGAGUGUCCCAGUGCACAUCAGUGUCCAAACGCUGGGAUCUAAUGGUCUCAGUUCAAACUUUGUUCACACCAUGUACAGGACUUCAGUCAGAACACACCACCACUGACUCUCUGUGUCCUGACGACAGCAAACAUAAUGCUGGCAAAGGUCCACAACGCACAGCCAUCUAUAGCUGCAGCCCUCCGAGGGGCCGUCCUAACCUCCACCUCAGCAGACAGCGAGGGGAGACACCGUCACGCUGCUGGGAUACCCUCAGGCUCAGGUCAACCAAUCAGAACCAUCUCACGUUUGUCUCACUUUACCAGCCUAUAUGAACACGUGGUGACCUGUGGCCCGCCGCUAAACCUCAGAAACGACUAACUGAAGAUGUCAUAAGAUAAGACUCCUGCCUCUGCGCUGAGAGUUAAUCUGCAUGUUAAAGCAGAUUGUUGGAAGAACUUCCUGUUUCAGAUUCACCUCCUGUAUGGAUAUUGUGACUGCCAGGUGUUUGGACGCCAAUCAAACAAAUCCUGACAAACUGAUAAAAAAAUGAUACUUUACUACAAACUAUAUGAAGCCAAGAUCAAUCACGUUGUCAAAAGCUGCCUGUGACUUCAACAUUUACUAACAUUGUUCCACCAGGACAGAACAUGUUGGAAGGACGUCUGCAUCCGCUGCACAUUUUAACACUGUGUUAAACACCGAGAUGUGUCAUGUUGCUACAUCGGAGAUCCCCGCUGCUGCCUCUUUGGACUCUGUGACAUGAACAGCUGGCUAAAGCGACACUUACUGUUAAAAAAGCCUUUUUUUAAGCAACACAUACUGUAUAAUGUCCGGACGCAACAUUGAGGUCAUCUUACUUGAUUUUUACACAUGAAGCCAAAUAUGAGAAAAAAUUAUUCACUCCAAAGACUCAUCUGUUUUCUUCUCCUCACAGGUCUACGGGAUUUUUGAAUUUGCACACAGUCAUAAUUGAUAUCUAAAAAAAAAAAAAAAAGAGAUUAUCACUGAUAUUUUUUGUAGAGAAUAUUAUAAAAAAUAUGCCAAUGCACCACAAACUGUACGUCUUUUUGUAUGAAACUUUGUUUGUCAUACCUAAUAGAUGUCAGGUUUGCACGCUCAUAUUGUUUUAUACACACACUUAUGGUGUUCUUUUGGUACUUACUGUAUGUACGGGUGUGGCGUGAUCAUGGUGCAGCAAAGGUAUUUUUCUAUCAGUAAUAGAAAAUAUUGAUUCCACAUUGAUUCCUUACGACUGUACAGAGAAUAAAUGUUUAUAUGAUAUUAACUGUCA